UGUGGUUGGGGUACCUUAUUUGGGUAUCGCACUGCGAACAGUCACAACCCUUGGGCACAGGUGUUGCAUUACACCAUCUUCCACCUUCCAUCUACUAAUUAACCAAUCUACAUCUUGAAUCCGCUCCGUUUCCUGCCUUCCCUUUAGCAGCCUGUUCCAGCACUGUUUCAGUCCCAAUUGAUAUGUCCGAUUCUCCCGGACUGGUAUAUCUGCAACAGAGCGAAUAAUCCGAUGAUGCUGUUACCUGCAAGGGCAGCGGCGUCCGUCUGCCCUCGGUGUGCGUCCAUUCCUCCCGCGACCGGUCGCUACUUUUCCCACUCGGCCAUUCGUCGCGAGUCGAACCGGUAUACCCAGGAUUUGACGUCGGGUUACACGAGCAGCUAUGACCCAUCGCUCGAGACCGGGCGUGGCCCGAUGUUCACCAAGGCCAAGUUCGGCGUCCCCAAGUUCUACCCGCGCGACCUGAAGAAGCGCGUCGACGAAUACGUGGUUGGACAAGACAGGGCCAAAAAGACCAUCUGCGCUACUAUCUUCAACCAUUACCAGAACCUUCGGAGGAGGAGACAACAUGAACAUGAGGAUAAGAAGCUUCGGGAGAAGCUUCAAAGGCACCGCUAUGCCAGAGAUAGGGACCUGCACGACAAGUUCCGUGAUGCCCACCCUACCCAAGACGACUUUCCCGGUCAAUUGGAGGCGACUGAACAUUUGCGCGAAGGCUACGUACCCCCGCCUCCGCCUGAUGACCUCGCCAUAUCCGACGAGCCUGAGGGCCCGCGCCGUGUCAAGGUCGACAAGUCGAAUAUUCUGGUCCUUGGACCGACUGGGACAGGCAAAACUUACAUUCUCGAGACCUUGAGCAAGCAACUCAGGGUGCCAUUUACGAUAGCCGACUGUAACUCUUUCACGCAAGCGGGAUACAUUGGUCAGGAUGUCGAGAGUUGUAUCGAGAGACUUUUGGUAGAAGCCAACUACGAUAUCAAAGCCGCCGAGCAUGGCAUCGUCGUGCUGGAUGAGUUCGACAAAAUUGCUCGGCGCGAGACGCCCAACGGCAGAGACGUCAGCGGCGAGGGCGUGCAGCAAGCAUUGCUCAAGCUUGUCGAGGGAACGAAAGUCACGAUAAACGUCAAGGAUAACCGGUCAUCACGCACUGCUUCCCCUAUCACGACCAACUAUUCCACGUCAGGGUCGACGUCGGCACCACAGUCGACGCCGCCGCAGAGCAAGGUCGAGCAGUACAACGUCGACACCUCCAACAUCUUGUUCGUCUUCUGCGGGGCCUUCGUGGGCUUGGAUAAAACCGUCAUACGGCGGGUUUCGAAGCCCUCGAUAGGAUUCGGGUCAGACUUGCGCGGUCGCCAGACUCUCUCAGGCACCCAGCAUGAUCUGCCGAGGCAUCUCUUUUCCCACCUCGCACACGCGGACCCCGGGUUGCCAGCAUCGGCGUUUACGCCGCUCGAUCUCACGACGCCCAUGGAUUUGCAAGCCUUCGGCUUCAUCCCGGAGCUGAUCGGCCGGGUACACAAUAUUUGCGCUCUGAGCUCGUUGUCUCUAGAUGACUUGUUCAGGAUUUUGACAGAACCGCGCAACAGUCUCGUAGCGCAGUAUACGGCACUUUUCGAGACGUAUCCAUCACAGCUGCACUUCACUAGACGGGCCCUAUACGCCAUAGCUGGGAAGGCAGCCAAGACGCAGACAGGGGCUCGUGGGUUGAAGAUGGAGAUGGAGCGGAUUCUGGCUGAGCCGAUCUUCGACGCCCCCGUCCCAUACGUCUUGAUUACGGAGGGAUGCGUUCAUGGGACAGAAAAACCCGGCUACUGGGGCAAGGAUGGCCGUAUGGAGUUGGAAAGGCGAAUUCAAGAAGAGGACGCAGGACCUGCUGCUCGCCAGCCGGAGACCACCACGACAUUCGAGCAGUAUAGGGAGGCUGGCCAAGGUGGUGCUUAACAAGGGCAGAAUGGCAGGUGUCGAGAAGGGCGUGAAAGCUGUGAAGGGUAUGACUGACUACUGGGAGACUGGAGCUACGAAGCGUUUGUGUUUUAUGAGAGUACCUACUCGUUUUAUGAUUUGGGCGAAGGAAUUAGGUAGGGCAGGACCUUCAUCAGAGGAUCUGAUUUCGGCUACCUCGGGCGUCGCAUUUUGUUUGUAUUGCAGUGGGGCUUAUGAGGAUACGGAUACGUUGGGGGGUUUUUCCUUCUUUUUUUUUCUUUUCUUCUUUCAAUGGAUCAAUCGAAAGUCAUGUUGCCAGGAGAUAUUGACAGUCCGAAUCCCAUGCUACUCACUCCGGACAGCCAAAGAAAGCUGUCAUUGACUUU